AUGAGGCUUCAACUGUGCCUGGAUUGGGACAACAUUCUUACUUCCCCGAAAAGACGGUCAACCCUCCCUCCUUCUUUCCUGCCAUCUCAUCUAUCCAAUUGUGCUUUGUACCAUGGUUGCUUAGAGCGGUGCCCAAACAGUCUACUCUAUCCGCAGGCAUAUAAUUUUCAACCCUUCCUCCUUUUCGUUACUACUUCCUUCCCAGUACGUUUUUCUUAUCAUCCAGUCUUCACCCAAUUCCAUCUAUCUCAGCAACCUCGAAGACCUCUUCAUCUAAUCAUCUUCCCAAACUUCAUCCUAAGUACAACCACAACCACAAUGACUCGCAAGCCCCUCCGCGUUGGCGUCCUCCUGGUCGGCACCGUCCAACUCUUGGACCUUGCUGCCGUCGACCUCCUCUUCAUGAUCGACCCGUCCUACCUAACCGCCUGCACCCUCCCCAAACCCCUAAUCGAGCUCGGCCGCCCGGUGUCAGUGGUCUACAUCGGCAAAGCUGGCCCACAAGCUCACCAGGAAACGACCUCCAACCUCUCCCUGCAACUCACCCACUCUCCCACCGAUCCCGCCGUCCAACCAGGCGCCCUUGACGUCAUUCUCAUCCCCGGCCCGGAGCCCUCGACUGUCCCGGACGCAGAAUAUCUGGACCUGGUGCGCGCCCACAACGCCGCAGGCACGCACAUCCUCAGCAUCUGCACCGGGAUCCUAGUCGUCGCGCACGCGGGGAUCGCUAAGGGUAAGCACGCGACGGGCCCUCGCAUGAUGAUUCCUAUGCUGCGGGAGAAGUUCCCCGAAGCACAAUGGGACGACUCGCUGCGCGCCGUGCAUGACGGCAAUCUAUGGUGUAGCGGGGGAAUCACCAACGGCCAUGAUCUCAUCGCUAUGUAUCUCAGGACGAUCGUUGCCGAACCUCUCGUCAAGACUAUCCUCGGUAUGUCGGAUGUGCCUCAGCGCAGUCUGAAAUACGACAGUGCGCCGACGACCGACAACCUCUUUUUCCUGUGGCAGGUGCUCAGGGCGCUGCCGUCGAUGCUGUUCCGGUCCAUCAAGGCCUAG